AAUCUAGAUAUAUAGACGCAGCAAACCGGCGUUCACGGCACCAGACUUUGUUUGCCUUCAUGUAGCAUUGCUUCCCUGUAGACUCGUUAGACAAAUCACAUACUAUAUUACCGUAUUGUUUAUGGCAAUCUCAGACAAUCAUCUGUUAUAAGGACUCGUGCUCUCCUAGUCACGGCACUCCUAUCGCAUUAGGUGCCCUCCAGAAAUCACUUGGUGGUCUCUAACACAUCUUGCUCUGAUCAUCCUUCACACCAUACGUCUUCGCAAUGCCUUGCCGUUUAGCAAUAACGUCGAUGUCGCUUGGCCGCUGCCAUGCGGGCCACUCAUUCGUCCACAAGCUUGACAUGGCUCGCGCGUAUGGCUACCAGGGCAUAGAGUUGUUCUACGAAGACCUCGUCGACAUUGCAGAGCAGCUACCCGGGAACGAAUCUAAGUCAAGGGAGCUCGAAGCAGCAAACAUCAUCCGUCGUUUGUGUCAAGAGAGGGGGAUCGCAAUUCUCUGUUUGCAGCCCUUCGCACACUACGAAGGUCUGGUAGACCGCCAAGAACAUCUCAAGAAGCUAGAGAAGCUGGACUUCUGGUUCCAGCUAGCACGUGCCUUACGCACCGACAUGAUACAGAUUCCAUCCAGUUUCGGGCCGGCCGCGGAAAUUUCAGAAGAUAUGAGUCUGGCUGUGGCCGAUCUCCAGAAGGUCGCGGACCUAGGCUUGCAGCAGAACCCUCCAAUCCGGUUCGUGUACGAGUCGCUUUGCUUCGGCACCAGGUACAACACGUGGGAGCAAAGCUGGGAUAUCGUACGAGGUGUUGACCGACCCAAUUUCGGCCUCUGCCUAGACACAUUUAACAUCGCGGGCCGCAUCUACGCGGACCCAGCUUCGCCUACUGGUCGGACGCCGAAUUGUGACGAAGCGGUUCGCAAGUGUCUUGCUGGCCUUCUCACCAUAGACCUCAGGAAGGUCUUUUAUGUCCAGGUCGUUGAUGCUGCGCGGCUCGCCAGUCCCUUGGUGGAAGGCCACGAGUUUUACGACCCUGAACAGACACCCCGCAUGAGCUGGUCUAGGAAUUGUCGGUUGUUCUACGGUGAAAAGGACCGCGGCGCAUAUCUGCCUGUGGCUGAGAUCUCUCGGGCGAUAUUCCAAGGCCUCGGGUUUGAGGGCUGGGUCAGUCUAGAACUAUUCAAUCGAAGAAUGGCUGAUACAGAUCCCGUGGUGCCACAAGAGCUGGCUAGUCGAGGUGCUGCCUCGUGGGCGAAGCUUGUGAGGGACAUGAAGUUGAGGGUCGAGGAGACCGCCAGCGACAGAGGAAGGAUGACGGCGUCACUAUGAUGCGCUUGUACAUUUUUGUUUCGUUCUUUUCCUUCAUCUCUUUUUUUCCUCUGGCAAGCUAGCAGUGCCUGGCGUUCUCUAGGCGCAUUGGGAUUAGGCGCCAAUGAUUGUACUUGUACUUCUCAUUAGAAUUCAAUACUUAUGAAUACAUUAUCCG